GCGGCGCGCAGCGGGGGUGACUUUGAGCGGCGCUGGCAGAGCGAUGCUGAAUAAGCUGCUGGGGCCGCGCUAUGUCCAGCUCCUCCAGAACUGGACUCCCACCCUCGUCACAUGGGGUGGGGUAGGUGUUACUGGUUUGAUAUGGUUCACAGACUGGAAGCUGAUCCUUCAGUAUGUUCCCUACGUCGGUGGCAAGUAUAAAACUGAAGAUUAAGCUUCCCUCUAAUGGAAUUGUAUUGCUGUAGAGAGUGGUUUGGAGCCCUCCAUCUGCUGAGACCCUGCUUUGAGGUGACCUUGAAAUGCCCACUCCAGAGUCUGGUUGUGGCUUCCCUCCUCCUCCCAUGGCCAGUUGUGAGCACUUGGUUGUGAACAAUCACUUCAUCAGUCAGCCUGCCUGCUACCCCUCCUCUGGUCACUUUCACAGCAGAUCUUCUCCUGAGGGGAGUAAUUUAUAAGCCUGAUGUGCAAAAUAAACCAAGUCAAUG